GCCUCCCCCACUUCCUUGCAAGGACAACACAAUUAGACGGCGGACACAUACACUUUUUUCCCCCGAUCUGUGGCCGCCAGCUAGCCCAGUCUCGUCCCCCAACCGACGGGCGAAUCCCCAGAGCAGCCGUUGGCCGUUUGAAACCAGGAUGCCUCGCAGGCGCCGCACUGAUUAGAAAACCGUAGUUCCAGACGAAAAUGAACAAUUUGGAGCACGCAAAGCACUUUUAUCCUGACAACUACAAAUUGGAUCUGUCCGAGACCAUGAAGGCGGCUCUGUCCAAAGGACCAGGAGGCGGUGGACCUGGCGGAGGGGGCGUGGCAGGCGGGGACCUGCUGCCCCAGCCAAAUGCCGGGAUGCCAGGAGUGGGCUAUGUGACGGAGAAGCUUUACAUGCUGCUGCAGCUAUAUCUGCAAAACAAAGGCUGGAAUCCCAGUGCCGAGUUGCUGCAAUGCUUUAGCGAUCUUAAGGACAACGCCAUGCUUCCCAGUGCUGCCUAUUUGCAGGUCCUGGCCAAUCGGCUAACUCUCGACUCCCAGGGACGCCUGAUCCUGCGCGACAACGGCAAGAUUGUGCUGCCCUUCGAACACUUUGCCAACGCGGUGAUGCUGAAGCAUAUGUCGGGACCACACGGCCUGCACCUCAGUGUGGAUGCAACGGUGAGGGCUGUCAUUGAGUCGUACACCAUAGGAAGGGAUCAGUUCGGCAUGGAGAAGGAGUUCAUCAUCGAGGUGGUGCAAUCGUGCCCCAGUCCCGCCUGUCGCUACUAUAAGAACCACAUGGGUAUCUCGCCCAUGCCCUUUAUGGAGCAGCAGUAUCCUGGGGUCAACACCCCCGAGUUUCUGCAGCGUUUGUCACACCUGCCGCCCGGCGGAGCAGCUGGUGCCGGACCUGGAAGCUCGGCCGCCGGUUCCGCAUCCAGUGUGGCCAGUAGCACCAGUUCGGCAAAUGUGGAGAUCGAUCUGUCCAAGUCAACGGGUGCCAAGGUGCCGCAGGUACCAGUUCCACCGCAGUUGCAGCACUUGACCAAGCAGCAGCAGAGCAGCAUCCAGACGCAGCUCUCCCAGAUCAGCGCUGCCGCCGUCCACCACCAGCAGCAACAGCAGCAGCAACAACAACAGCAGCAACAACAGCAGCAGCAACAACAAGCAGCAGCCAAGCACCAGCAGCAACUUACUGCGGCCCUAAUCCAGCAACAAAACCGUGUGCUCGCCCAGCAGAGUCUCGAGAAGCUUAGCAACCACCUGAGCCCGCUGGAAAAGCAGCGCGUAUUCGCCCAGCUGGAUCCCAAGCACUUCGAUCCCAUGGCCGUCGCAGCUGCAGCCGCCAAUCUUCAGAUCCAGGGAUUGAUGCAGUCGCAGGCAGUGGCCGCCGCCGUAGCUGCCAACCAGCAGCCACCGCCGGCCACCAGCACAUCGGCAGCUGGAGGCUCUGCAGCCGGUCCGCAGACCCAUCACGGCCACCAUCCUUUGCCUCCGCCAUCGCAGUCGCCACAUUCGUCCUCUUCGUCUUCCUCUCACUCCUCGCUGGAUCAGAUUACCCACAAGAACGUGGCCGACUCCUUGCGCUCUAACCUGGACUCGAUAGAGUCGAACAAGGAUCUGCUGGCGCUGCACAAUGGGGCCUGGGCCACCGGAGACGCCAAUCGUAUGGACCACUUGGCCGUGGGCCAGGACAAGAUAGUGCGGAUCUUCGCGGAGCUUAUGCGAAACAUGUCGCGGAUGAAGACGUACAUUCGUCCGUCUAUGUGCAAGCCCUACGGGAAGCAGAGCGAAAGUCUGCAGAAGACCCUCAUGGACACCAUUCAGAUCGUGCAGACGCUGCGCAACUGCCUGCCCGCUCCCCACAUACCAGUGUCCUCGUGGAAAAGCGAGAGCGAGGGCAACGUGGGAUCAGGAGUGGGCGUGGGCGUUGGAGUGGGGGUUCCACCAGGACUUAACCUGAGUGCAGCCUUGGGUCUCCCAUCGGGCAGAGUGGACAACAUGCACUAGGCGUUCAUCUAGCAUCCAGCAAUAUCUCUAGAUACACCCACUCUCACAUUCUUCCAUCAGUUCGAGAACAAUUAGUAUUUACACACUGAAACGCGCCUAGACUUUAGGCAUAGCAGUUCACCCUCGUAGGCUUGGCUCCAGUUUUCCUUUUAGCAAUUAUGUGCCAUGUUCAACGCAAGACUCGAUUUAAUUUCCACAUUUGACUGACAUUUAGGUAUACAUAUGCAUCGAAUCCUGCGGUUGGAUUCGUCUAAUUUCAUUCUCACCACUCUGGGUUUUCCUAUUCGGCAUACAAAAUUAACAAGCAAAACGGAAAAUUAGUUAAACAAUUGGCAAAACGUCUGUGAUAUUUAAAUUAUGUUGGCAAAACGGAAAACAAAACUAAAUUUAAUUUACUAUUUUGUGUGCCCUCUGUUGUGACAUCUUACGAUUUACUUUGUGCAAUAUCUAAUAAGUAUCUAUUCUUAGCCAUUCUCUUGCAAUCGACGACUUCUCGCCCAUAUCAAAAGCAACUCGAAUAUAGCCUAUACUUAAACUUACUGAUAAUCGACAUGAUAGACGCAUAAGGUUUACAUUAUUUUUUGCAUUACACCUUCAGAUUUAAUUGGAGGUAGGCCGCGACGGCAAACGAGAGAUUACGAGUUGUGUUUAAAUUUAAGAAGCUGAAGAAGGGUUGUAUUCCAUAUGCAAAGGCUAUUUAAAUAUAUAUUUUAACCCGCCCGAGCUCAUCAUUACCAGUAAUUUGAUAAACGAGCAAACAGUAUUAUAUGCAAUAAAAGACACUUGCAACCAUAA